AUGGCAUGGCACUGGCGAUCUCUCCCGCCGCCACCCUACCUGCCCCCGACCCGCUGGGACGACGACUCUUUCGAAGACGACGACGACGACGACUCUGACUUGGACGAUGACAGGCAAGCCAUGGUAGACGACGGGUCCAAGUCCAGUAUGGUGGUGGACGGCGAGCUGGGCGACAUAGCGGGGCACACGGUCGUGGGCGAUUCGAAGAUCUGGAUAUCCACGGCCGGCGCCGGCACCUACACCUUCGACGCGGGCAGCGGCGCGUGGGCGCCCCGGCCGUUGUACUGGCCGCUGCCGUUCCGCGGCCGCGCCGAGUUCGUCCCGGAGCACGGCCUCUGGUUCGGCUUCUCGUCACUGAACAACAAGCUGUGCGCGUCCGACCUCGCCGCCGCUUCCGAGACGAGGCCGCCCGUGCUGAGGGGUGAGUGGGAGGACGUCGCGCAGGGCGAGGGGUGGAACCCGGUGGCGUCCUACCUCGUGCCGCUGGGCUCGUGGAGGUUCUUGGUCGCCAAGUUCUUCGAGACGAGAGAGUGGCAGCAGUUCAAAGAUGGCGGCGGGGAUUAUGGAAAGUGCGACAACUUUGCGGUGUUUGCCGGCGUGGAGCUGCUGCCCAAGGCCGGCGGAGGGCUGAGCAUGAUCAAGCACCGCUCCAAACGUUACUCCCACGUCUGCACCGCGCCGGAUUGGGUGAUUUGA